AUGCUCGAAGAUUUCCUUCGUGUCGCUCAGGGAGUUGGACUCGUAUUGUUGGCCUCCGGUAAACGAAGUGCCAAUUCAAUGAAGAAGGCCACCUCUCCCUUCACUCUCUAUCCACAAUCUCCAAUACAACAAUUUGCUCAUAAUAUUAAAACGAUACAAAAUGCUCCGAAUCAUCAUGGAGUGAUGAAUUCAUCCACUUUGACAUCUUCAGCAACAAUAACUUCCGAAACUCCAAAGUUUGAAUCAACGAACUCUUUAUCUCAAACUCAAUUCGUGAAUUUUAACGUUGAAAAGCAACAGGAACAGACCGUAUCAAAAACAAGUAAUAUUUACUUUGAUAAUUACGGAAAUUUUGCGUCAUCAUCAAUAGACAUGAAGAUUGUGGAAGAACCUCAGGCACAAACACAGAUCUCUGAUUCAAAUUUACAGUCUUCAUCUGAGCCUAAAGAUCAUUUUAAGGCAAUCAAUGAAACACCAUCAUCGAUAGCUACGAAACAAGAACAAAAGUUAACAAACACUACAUCAACUUUAUCAGAAAAAUCUACAAGUGAGGAUUAUGGCUCGAUAAUGUAUGAGGCACUUAUGCUAGGUCAAGCUGAUAUAACAGAAAGGAUGAAGCACAAGUCUGAUAACACAGUUGCAACAGAACAACAGCAAGAUAUUCAUACGAGUGAAGAUGAAAUCAAACUUCAUGGUAUCGGUUCAGGACUUAAAGAAAAGAAAGUUCCAACAAAUUCAAUUUCUAGAGCAAUUCAGUUUGCUGCUCUGGGUAUCAAAAUUGGAGUCAAUGCUGCCUUUUCUUCUAAAAAGCAAGAUCAGCCAGAAUCAGAAAGCUCAGAAAACAUACCUAAAGAAGCCAACAAGGAAAAACCAAAAUUAUCUGUCAGUGAUGUUUUAACAGAAAAGAAUGCUGAAAUUUUGGCUGACACUCUCUGCAAGAUGAGAGGUGCAGCUCUAAAAAUUGGACAAGUCAUGUCCAUUCAAGACGAGAGUACAGUACCACCAGUCAUUCAAAAAGCCUUAGAAAAGGUGAGACAUGCAGCAAAUAUUAUGCCUCAAUGGCAAUUAGAACAAGCCAUGUCUUCGCAAUUCGGAGAAGAAUGGAAAAGCGGAUUUAAAUAUUUUGACAUGAAACCAAUUGCAGCAGCCUCAAUAGGUCAAGUACAUAGAGGAAUUCUUACAAACGGACGAGAGGUUGCAAUUAAAGUUCAGUACCCAGGAGUUGCAGAAUCAAUCGAUAGUGACAUUAGAAAUGUUGAAAGACUCAUGAAAUACACAAACCUUGUUCCUCGAGGCGCUUUCUUGGAUAAAACAAUGGAACAAGCAAGAAAAGAACUAUCUAUGGAGUGUGACUAUAUUCGUGAGGCUAAGUGCCAAAAGAAGUUUAAAAAACUCAUUCAAGAAGAUGCUCUUGCUGAGAAGCAAAGAAAUUAUGUCACUGAUGUUCCAAUGAGCUGUUUCAGUGUACCUGAUGUUGUAGACGAGUUCACCACAAGAAGAGUUCUCUGUACUGAGCUAAUCAAGUACGGAAAGACAAUUGACCAAAUCAAAGACAGUCCUGUUGAGGUGAGAAAUAAGGUUGCAAAGCUCCUCUUAAAGCUGUGCCUGAAAGAGCUUUUUGAAUUUAAAUUUAUGCAAACAGAUCCUAAUUGGUCUAAUUUCUUCUACGAUGUAAAAACUGAUACAAUGCAUCUUCUAGAUUUUGGUGCAUGCAUGGAAUUUCCACAAGAGUUUGUAGAUCAAUACAUUCGUGUAGUGUAUGCCAGCGCUACCAAAGAUGUUGACACUGUUAUUGACGCUUCUCGAAAGAUGGGUUUCUUAACUGGUGAAGAAUCUCAAGAGAUGAAUGAAGCUCAUGCCAAAGCAGCAAUCUACAUUGGUGAACCCUUCUCGACUGAGGGUGUAUAUGACUUUAGAAGUGCUGCCAUUCCAGAAAGAGUGACCAAGAUCAUACCAACCUUGCUCAGACACAGACUCACAGCACCACCACCUGUUACUUACUCUCUUCACAGAAAGUUAUCAGGUGCAUUCUUGCUUUGCAACAAGUUGGAUGUUGCAAUUCCAUGCAGAGAAAUUUUCCUUGAUGUAUACGAAAGAUAUAUGGAACGAAGGGCAAAAGAGAUGAACUCUCAAACCAAUAAACAAUAA